UGUGGGUAAAAAAAAAUUGUUGGUGGUAUUUUAAGCUUGGUUGACAUGUACAUAGUGCUUUAAUGGUUGUAAACUCUCACCUUGAAUUGCGUUUGUCCCUCAACAAUCUGUCUCCUUCCCGUUAAUGCCCGUUAGUAUUAAUCUUACGAGCGGCCCCGUACGUGUCCGUUUCCGUCUUCCUAUCGAGCCCAACAGGCCCAGCGGUUCCCCACCAGGAAUCUCCACUCCCUCCUUGUCCGCAGUCUAUAGCCGCAGAAGACCAUUGUUCGCUCGGAUCGGACCGGAAUCACGCUUGACCUACACUCGCUCACCCUCCCUCUUGGUCCGCACAUCCCGCUCAGUCCUUUCGUCUUCUAUGGCUUUUGUCUGUAAGUUUUUUCCUCAAUUGAUCAUAACUCUGACAUUUAUUGUCCUGUUUAAUUCCAGCACAUCGAUCCUUCUCCUCUCCAUAGGAAGUUAUGGAAAUCCAAUGGACUGGGUCAUCUUCACUCCUCUUCCCUGGGCGUAUAAACCAUGCUGUUCGGUAGGCAGACAUUUUUUCCCGCAGUUUCAAGCUUCUCCAGGGCUGACCACAUUGGAAGCGAUCUUGUGCAAUCAUUAUUCGUUUUCAAAGCAAUGGUUGUUGUUGUAAUUGAUAAACUUCCAAGAGAAACCCAGUCGACUUCAAAUGGUGUCCGGUCUAUCAAGUAUUUCAUUGUGGUUGAUGGACUGCUGAAGCCGGUGCAAUUCACACUUUGGGAUGAGUUGACGCUAACAAAGGGAGUUGAAAUCUUUGACGAACUAACUGAAAAAAAGUAUCCUAUAGUGAGCCUAGAAGACAUUAAGGCUACCGACUUCAAAG